AUGUGUUCUAUAAAUUAAUAAUUAUAUUUUAAGAUGAUAUCGCAAUCAUGGAUGAUAUAAAGACAAACGUACAAGAUAUCUCUCAAUUAGAACGACAAUUUCAAGAAAAGUUAUACGAGCUGCAAAAUAAUACGGAUACCCUGCAGGCGACACAGAAGGAACUUCGGGAAACUCGUCACGCUUUAUACAGUAGGGAGUUAGAACUCGAGAAAGAGCGCAGGGCUUCUCACGAGUUAAGAAUGCAACUGAAAACGGCUAUGAAUGCAAUAAACGAAUUGCAACAACAGCAAAUGAAAAAUCAGGUCGAGAGCGUCCAAUUACAAGUUAAAUAUGACGCAAUGGCGAAACAAUACAACUCUUUGAUGAAUCAAGCUACAGCCGCGAAGGUGUGCGAGACCGAAUGCAAAAUUAAAAUUCAAAACUUAGAGGAGAAUUUGCGUCAGAAAGAGAUGAGUAACAAGAUAUUGGUACAAACAUUAAAUGAACUGGAACAAGAUAGUUUGCGCACUAUUACCGCUAUCGAUCAUAAAAUCACAAAACUUUCACAAGAGCAACAACACCUGCAAAAAUCCUGUGAAGCGGUUGUCGACCUUAAUCAACGUUUACAAAUUGUGGGUUUGUGCACACACGCGAUACAUCAAAAGAAUGAAGCAAAAAUUAAAAAUUUGGAAUCUAUGCUAGCUUCGAUGUCGUCCAAAACGUAGAAUUCAAACUUGGAAAAUACGAUGUUCAUCUGAAAAAUAAAUAUUUACCACCAUUUACAUGAAUGACAGGAUAGGAUUUUCUACUAAUAAAUACACUGAAACAUGUAUAUAUACAUGAUUAAUAAAAAAUGUAUUAUAAUAAUCGUUUUGUAUAUUUAAGUAUAAGUUGAACAAGUUCUGAUGGUAAAAAUGCAACUUAAGUCUUGCAAGUAAAAAUGUAAACUUGCAUAUUAUGACAACCAGCGAUUAAAAGAUUUUUUUUUACUGCAGAUUCUCGUAAACACGUGAAUCUCUCUAUAAAAUAAUAAUUCCAUCG